UCCAAAACCAUGUUCUUUUCCAUUUGUGUAGCUCCUGGUAUCUUAUUCUACCGAUCUCCUAUAUUCAUAUAAAUAACAGCAAACAUCAUUCAUUUUUUCAUCAUCAAUCACCAAACAAAACUAUCUACAUCUUAAUUUGUUAUCCGAAACACUGUCAUAUACAUUAUCACAAUGAAUCGUGCAACAACGAGUAAGGCUUGGAUCGUGGCUGCUAGUGUUGGAGCUGUAGAGGCUUUGAAGGAUCAAGUUAGUAUUUGCAGAUGGAACUAUGCUUUAAGACAAGCUCAACAGCAUCUUAGAAACCGUGUUAGAUCAUAUUCUCAAGCAAAGAAUCUAUCUUCUUCUUCGCAUGUUGUAUGCAAAUUGAAGGAUGAGAAGAAGGCAAAGCAGGCAGAGGAGUCACUCAGGACUGUCAUGUUCUUGAGCUGCUGGGGUCCUAAUUGAUUCCUUGGUACAUACAUAGUGAUGCUAGAUUAAAUUAUUUAUGUCAAUUUUGUAACAUGAAACGGUAAUAUAUGUAUAAAAGAAAGCUUCUUCUUGUUA